AUGAGUAAAAUAAACGAAGUAGCGGCUUUAUACAAACAGUUAAAAGCCGAAUGGGGUCAGUCUUCGCCAAAUUUAAGUAAAUGUGAGAAAUUACUGUCCGAUUUGAAGUUGGAGUUGACACAUUUGAUCUUUCUGCCUACAUCAAGCACCACAGCCACCAAACAAGAACUAUUAUUGGCCAGGGAUGUUCUAGAAAUUGGAGUGCAAUGGAGUAUAGCUGCAAAUAAUAUUCCAGCUUUCGAAAGAUACAUUGCUCAAUUGAAGUGUUAUUACUUCGAUUAUCAGAACCUUCUUCCUGAAUCUGCGUUUAAAUAUCAAAUUUUGGGUUUAAAUUUGCUGUUUUUAUUGUCACAGAACAGAGUUGCAGAGUUUCACACUGAAUUGGAACUCUUGCCAGCCGAUCAUUUGCAAAAUGAUGUAUAUAUUAGGCAUCCCUUGUCAAUUGAGCAGUAUUUAAUGGAAGGAAGCUACAACAAGAUAUUUUUAGCAAAAGGAAAUGUCCCAGCUAAAAACUACAACUUUUUCAUGGAUAUUUUAUUAAACACCAUUAGAGGUGAAAUUGCAGUGUGUCUGGAGAAAGCAUAUGAAAAAAUUUCACCCAAAGAUGCUGCUAGAAUGUUGUAUUUACAAAAUGAGGCUUUCCAACAAUUUGUAACAAAGAACAAAAAUUGGAAACUUGGCAAGGAUAACUUCUUUCACUUUACCUCAGAAGAAAAGAAAACCCAUGAACCAAUUCCUUCAGCCGAAUUGGCCAAACAAGCAGUUGAUUACGCAAAGGAACUUGAAAUGAUUGUUUAAUUUCAUUAAUUUUAUUAGCUUUAAGUCUUGGAUAAUAAAUAAUUUAUAUAAAAUGUAUUACUUAUUUGUAGUACAAUCAAAUUUAUUCCACUCGCCAUUAAACUCCUGAACCCUUUUGCUUUGUUCAUCAAAACUUUGUCGUUUGGGCUUUCUCCAUUUGCUGUGGUGUAAAUCCAACAUGCCCCCGAUAAUUUCCUGGGCGAAAUUGUUGGGGAACAUUUGUUCAUCUUCUAUAACAUGAGCAUAACCCUCGUCCAUGCCAAAGGAGACAAAGAAGUAGGGUAAACCUUUUGGAAUGGCUUUGCGUACGUCUCUUCCUUUAAGAGAGACCAAUUUUUUAUUUUGCGCCCAUUCGGUUUCCGACUCAUCAAUGGCUUUUUUGAAGUAAAUUGGGGCCAUAUCUCCAUCUUCUUUAGGCAGUGGAACACAGUGGAUUUCCAUGUGGGGAAAUUUAAACAAAUAUGAGGCUGUUUCAAAGAAAAUUACGUCUUCAUCUUUGGACUUGUAGAGGUUCACAAGGGAUCUGCGAAAAUCCGAGAUUUCGGACCAUUCAUUUUCAUCCAGUUGGGUUGAGCAUGGUACAUGUCUUAUGGGCAUAAUCAUGCAGUGGCCCUCUGUGAGAGGUUCAAAUGGUGGUAAACCUAAAUAAACCGUCUCACCCAUUGAAACCAUGAGGUGUUUCAACAUAUUCUCAGAUUGUAUGCAGUGGUUACAGUUGUCAAGACUUUUAGAUACUUUUUGGUGUUCCUGUAUAGCUCUAUCCCUAUUCUUUGAGUCAACCUUAGAGCUAGACUCUUUUUUCCGUAUGUUAUCAGUGAAGAUGUCGUCUAAAUCAUCAUUCUUCCUGACUUUAUUAGCCAUUUUUAGGAAUUCACUAUUUUGAUCUUCCACUGUGUUGAACUUUUCAUUCUCGAACAUUUGUUUUAAGGAAUAUUUAUCGUCAUCGGCGAAAUAACGAACCCUUUCGCCGUCUUGAUGAGUUUGGAUCGCUUUCUUCUUUUGUUUCCUGCUACCCGAUGGUUCAUCAUACUCUGAUUGCAUUCUGAUUGGCUGAGAACGGCCUUGGGCGUCUGUAUGAGUCAAAAUUACUUCUUCUCCAUCUUGUUUAGGAUUUUCACUUCUCAGUUUUCUAGCAUUUUCCAAUUUUUCCUUUAGUUGCUUUGCCAGGUCUGUGUUGCCCAUAAUUUCUGCUUUUACUAAUUUGGCAGCUAAAAUAUUUAACUCUUUUUCUGAUAAAACUUCUUCAGUUUCUUCUUCUGGCUCAUUGGUGUAGACAAUAUCAGACUUUUCUUCAUAAUGUCUAUCUUUUUCAUCAUUCUGUUGCCUCCUACUGGAUUUAUAAUCUUUUUCUUCAUCACCCUCUUUUUUCCUCCAACUUGAACUUCUACUGGAUUUAUAAUGUUUAUCUUCACUUCUGUCAUCUUCAUUUCUUUUUUUCCUCCAAUUUGAACCACUUCUACUGGACUUAUACUCUUUUUUAUAUUCACCAUCAUCCUCAGAAGGUUUUUUAAAUGCAGGUAAACCAUCCCCACCAUCCUUCCAGUAAGGAUUUAACUCCCUAGUACAUUCCCUGGGAUUAUACUGUUGCUUCUCCCUUUCCAAGCGUUUUUCUUCCUCCCUAGUUUUCCGUCGUUCAUCAUUUGAAACUGUCAUGAAAGAAGAAUGCAAGUUCAUCCAAGAAUCUCUUGAUUUUGCUGGUUUUUCUUCAUCGUCUGACAUGGUAGGUUUCUUCAUAACCCUCUCAUUUUCCUCUGAGCUCUCAGAGCUGCUGUACUCCUUAUGUUUAACACUUUUUUUUUGUUUACGUCGUUUUUUCCUAUCUUCAUCGCUACUCGAAGAUUCAGAUGGGCUUCUUUUGCUUCGUUUUUUAGUUAUUCUUUCUUCAUCUGAUGAAGAAUCAUAUGCACUGGGUUUUUCCACCCAUUCAUCCUCGCAGCUUGACGAUGACGAUUUUCGUUGCUUUUUCUUGUGUUUUUUGUCCUUCUUGUGUUUCUUAUCCUUUUUAUGUUUACCCUGCAAAUACAAAAUAAGGUUUAA